AUGUUGGUGAAGAAGCUUGCAGGGAAAGGAGGGGGACCAGAACCUGCAUCAGAAGAUCCGCGCCCCUCGGGACAGCGUUGUGCCGGCACCAUGGCCUGGUGCGCAGCCCUGGCGACCCUCCUGUCAGUGGUUGCUGUGGUUUUUUGUUUGUAUCUUGGGGUGAAAACCAACGACCUCCAGGCGAGGAUUGCUGCUCUUGAAUCUGCUAAAGGGACCCCCUCCUUUCGUCCUCUGCCUGACACCCUGGAUGAGCUGAAGGCUGUGGUUCAGGAGAAAGUGGAGCGUCUCUUGGCUCAGAAAUCCUAUGAACAUAUGUCUAAAAUAAGAAUCGCAAGAGAGGCACCUUCAGAGUGCAACUGCCCAGCAGGUCCUCCGGGGAAACGAGGAAAGAGAGGUCGAAGAGGAGAGUCUGGUCCUCCUGGUCAGCCUGGCCCCCAGGGUCCCCCUGGUCCAAAAGGUGAUAAGGGAGAACAAGGUGAUCAGGGGCCUCGGAUGGUGUUUCCUAAAAUCAAUCAUGGCUUUCUCUCUGCUGAUCAGCAGCUCAUUAAACGCCGGCUGAUUAAGGGUGACCAAGGACAGGCUGGGCCUCCAGGACCCCCAGGCCCUCCUGGUCCAAGAGGCCCUCCUGGGGACACAGGGAAGGAUGGCCCCCGAGGAAUGCCAGGAGUACCCGGUGAACCAGGGAAACCAGGAGAACAAGGCUUGAUGGGACCUCUGGGGCCUCCAGGACAAAAGGGUUCCAUAGGAGCACCUGGGACCCCAGGCAUGAAUGGGCAAAAGGGUGAGCCUGGAUCACCUGGAGAAGCAGGGCAAAGUGGACUACCAGGACCAAAGGGGGAACCUGGAAAAGAAGGAGAAAAGGGAGAUGCUGGAGAGAAUGGCCCCAAAGGUGAUGCAGGUGAAAAGGGUGACCCUGGAUCAUCUGCUGCAGGAAUUAAGGGAGAACCUGGGGAAUCUGGCCGUCCAGGACAAAAGGGUGAGCCAGGGCUGCCUGGACUACCUGGACUCCCGGGGAUCAAGGGAGAACCAGGCUUCAUUGGUCCUCAAGGAGAGCCAGGCUUACCAGGGUUACCAGGAACAAAAGGUGAACGUGGAGAGGCGGGGCCUCCUGGAAGAGGUGAACGAGGGGAUCCUGGAGCCCCAGGACCAAAGGGGAAACAAGGUGAAUCAGGAGCUAGAGGCCCAAAGGGGUCAAAGGGUGAUCGUGGAGACAAAGGUGACUCUGGAGCUCUGGGACCACGGGGUCCACCUGGGCAAAAGGGAGAUCCAGGAGCUACUGAGAUCAUAGACUACAAUGGCAACCUCCACGAGGCCUUACAGAGGAUUACUACCUUAACUGUCACGGGCCCUCCCGGACCUCCUGGACCUCAAGGACUACAAGGGCCAAAGGGUGAGCAAGGCUCUCCAGGAAUUCCCGGAGUUGAUGGAGAACAGGGACUCAAAGGCUCGAAGGGUGAUGUGGGGGACCCAGGCAUGCCAGGUGAAAAAGGUGGAAUCGGACUUCCUGGAUUGCCGGGUGCCAAUGGAGUGAAAGGAGAAAAAGGAGACUCUGGCUUGCCGGGUCCUCAGGGUCCUUCUAUCAUAGGCCCACCAGGCCCUCCAGGUCCCCAUGGCCCACCUGGCCCCAUGGGACCCCAUGGACUUCCUGGACCAAAGGGAGCAUCUGGCUUAGACGGAAAGCCAGGAUCCCGGGGUGCAGAUGGCCCUAUAGGACCCCAUGGCCCUGCAGGUCCCAAAGGAGAAAGAGGAGAGAAAGGAACUGUGGGGGAGCCUGGACCCAGAGGGCCCUAUGGGCUGCCUGGCAAAGAUGGAGAGCCUGGUCUUGAUGGCUUCCCUGGUCCUCGAGGCGAGAAGGGUGACCUGGGAGAAAAGGGAGAAAAGGGAUUCCGUGGCGUUAAGGGGGAAAAGGGGGAGCCAGGCCAGCCUGGCCUGGAUGGGCUGGAUGCCCCUUGCCAAUUGGGACCUGAUGGAUUACCCAUGCCUGGCUGCUGGCAAAAGUGAUGAAUCUAACCUUCCAAGCAUGAAGUUGUGUAUAUAAUGGUCCACCUUUUAUAUUUAUAGUUGAAAAACUGAAUUGCAGAUUCUGCAAGUGUGGAAUCUGCUCACUGCACUGUUUCUCCCUGUUCACGGUAGUGCAGACAUCCAUCAUUUCUCACAUCUGCAAUUAGACAGUUUACGGAAGUGAGGAGCCUGCGGGAAAUAGGGAUCGCUAUCUCUAUUUUAUGUGGACAUAUGUAUUUAUAUGGACAUCAGUGAUAAAGAACGAUUGCUCUCACUAUUUUCUUAUUUGGGGCUUGCUAAUUGCAUGGACCAAAAGUGCCAUGAAAUAGUUUACAUGAAAUUGUGACCAAAUAUGAUCUCAAAGCUUUGACCAUGUAGCACACAUUCCCUAGUAGCAUUCAUUCACGCCCACACCACCUACUGAAACUAACUAAAAACAGCAUGACCUUGUGCCAACCCUGCUUGUGCAAAUGCAGACGCUUGCAUGCUGCCUCAGAAGUUCUUUGACUACAUCUGAACCUUUGUUCCUUUUGUCAUCUCAAGGGGGUUACACCGUGGCUUAUUGCCAAAAAGAGAUAAGUUGAUGGAGAGCACACACACAGUUGGUCUUAUAUUUUGAGGGAGUUGCAGUCCUGACUGCAGAUCCACAGCUCCUAACAAUGUGGGCUCCUUUGACAACCUUGGUUGAAAUACCAAAAGGUUGAGCCGAUUACUGCCACUUGUUUUCCUCGGGCUGUGCUUGGCAGUGAAGACGCCUGAAGAGGACCGGUUCCGCUUCCUGCACUGUCUUUCCUGUGACCAAGUUGGAAGGAGGUUUAUAGCCACGAACACCAAGAGAAGCAGGAAUUGUUUUUCUAGAAGAACUGACUUCCCACGGAUGUUGAUCUGGGUGCUUUGGGGAAAUGUCAGCAGUAAUUACGCAGCAGUGUUUUGGAGACAGCAGAGCCUUGGAAAGGAAGCCCCUGUUUGAGCAGAUUGAAGGGUGCAGACACCAUCCCAUCAGAGCUCAGGUUGCUGAAGAGAGAACUUGUCCCAAGAAGGGUCAAACAGAAUAAGCUGUGCUACAAAUGCAGGGGAGUUAGUGCAAACUUUACCAAAGGUGGUCAGAAAGCAUCCCUCUCUCCCUUCUGGGGUUGACCCACAAGAAACAUUUUUUUCUACAAGUUCUAGAAACAAAAUGUAGUUUCCAUUCUUUCUCACACUUUUUAUUUUCUUAGUCAAGGAACAAACUAUUUGCUUCAGUUUGGGUCUCGUAGGUUUUUAAAGAAUACUUUUUAAGAUAAGUUUUCAAAUCAUAAUAAUUUGAAUCCAUUAUGGUAAAAAUAACCUUUUAACGUCUCCUUUUUUGUUUUGGUUGAAAUAAUUGGAGAGAUUAUGGGGAGACUUCAUUUUUUAUUUUGCUUAAUUAUUAUGAAGUAUAAAGAUUAAGCAUUUUUCACUACUUUUUGAUUUACAUUGACAAAUUUACCUGUCAGUUAUUGUAAAGAUUUUUAUCACAUUUUGAUAGCAUGAACUUGCUUCUUCUAUGUUUUUCCUAUAUUGAUGUUUAUUUAUCCAGUUUUGUUUUUACAUUUCUAAGUUUUGUUUUAUACACAGACCAAAUCUGAGAUCUCAGAAAGCCCUGGAAUACAGUUGCCAGAGAGAGAAUCUUAGUUUUCACUAACUUGAUAAAAACAUACCUACGCAGACUGACUGGGCAUUUCUUUGCCAAGUUUGUGGCAUGUUUUGAAAUGAUUUAUUUUAAGUGGAAGGGUUGCCUGGGAAAAGCUCCAUCUGUGCAAGUGGUGAUUCUAGUAGCCCAUUAGAGCAUUUUAUUUCCUUCGGUGAUUAAAUGUCAUUUUUAAUGGGAACAUUUCUAGUUUGGUGCUUGGAUUUUCACCACCAGAGGGGAAAUUCUUGCAUGUUUAGGAUUACAACAAUGAAGAUGCAAUUUCAAAACAGAUCUUAAGAUGUCUUUCAUAGCAUGUAACCAAAUGCUCAAUCAUACAAAAUGAUGUCAUCUUUUUUUCCUUAUGUCAUUUCUGAGAUUAGAAUUUAAAUGUUAGAUCAGACUAUCUGGUAAUAUUCCUAACAACAUUCCACACUUCUAAGCCAAUUUAGCAUUAGUGGGUUUUUUGUGGAGAGUAUUUUCUAACGAUUUCUUGUAUGAUGUGGUUAGGGUAAGAUAUUUCUCAAUACAUGAAAGAAUUUGUCUUAAAUCAUUUGGGAGACAAAAAUGAGCUCAAGAUUACACAUUAUCUUCAGGAACAAUAAACAAAGCAACUAUAGAAUCUUGAAGACAAUCUGGUGACUGUAUUUCCUCCUCCCUUCCUUUCUGUUUCUCCAUUAAAAAGGAGUAUUGAGAGGGAUCAUGAUUUAAAAUUUAGAGAGAUUCGAAUGAGACUAGCUCAACAAUAAAAGCAUCAUUAACAAAAUGGACAUACCCCUAUAAAGAAUACUGCUCGGACUGUGUGUGCACUGGGGUUUUGCUCGUAAGACACAUUUAAAGGACUGUGUAAAAUUCUAUUUCAUGUACUUCCUCGGAACAGACAACAGGAGGAUGGCUGUCAUCUGUGCUCAGUGGAUUGCUAGGUUAACUACCAGGAGUUAACCAUAAACGUUGGACUUUUCAAACAUCUUUAAUCAUCCAUUUUGUCAUCAAACUGAAUAAUUUCCAAAGGAAUCAAUACCGGAUUGUCAUUGUUGAUACAUAUGUUUAUAGAUAGCAUUGUUUUUCAUAAAGAUUUCUUUAGGAGAACUAAAAAAAAAAGGUAUGGAACACCAACUGGAAAUAUGUCAAGGUCAGGUUUUACUUCAGAGACAGCAAAUGUCUCUAAAGGAUGCCAUUAUUGUGUUGUCACUUUACAUGGUUUUCCAUUAGCCUUGGUUGCUGCUGGUAAAUAUCCUUCCUUUUUGUCUCUCUGGAUAGUGGACCUCUACUGUGGGUAACUUCGUUUCUCUGUUUAAUGGCAUUCCUAAGCUGUUAGUGUGUGGUUUAAUUUUUGAAGAUCAAGAAUCUGUUGUAAACAUAAUUCAAUGACCAGCCUUUCCUAAUGUAAAACAGUGCUCUGUGGUCCCCCUUAUUCUGUGUUCUUUUUAUAUACCAUAUGCCUUUAUCAGUUUUCAUUUACCUUCUUUUUUGAGUUCACUCACCUUUCAGCUUAUAAACAUAUGGUAAGCUUGAUGCAGCCAGGGUUAGAGAAGUCUACAUAUGACAUGUGGGGUACUGGUACAUAAGAAUGCCUGAAUCUCCUCACCCCCCCACCCCCCACCCCCGCUUUCCUUUUCCAUUAUCCAGUGCAGCCUUGGAGGGCUUUUCUUUAUGCUGUUAUUUUAUGGAGAAUAUUGGAAUGUCUCCCACUCCUACCAAUAGAAAGUUCUUGGUUUGGGAUUUAUUCUGUGCAUAUGAUUGUUAGUGGGGCAGUUUGCAUACAUGUACUUAGUGUAUGUAUGUAUGUAUCUGCUAGCUUAAGGAAAUGGUCGGAUUACCACUCUGCACCUAUGGGAAAAGUGUCCUUGGUAUUUUUGUCACUUAGGAAAUGUGCCUAUUUUCCAAGAAUUCUUUAAAAAUAUUGAUAGUAAAACAUUAAAACUAACAUUUAGCCCCCCCACACACACACACUAUAUUUUUCUGAUAGUGGUUCAGCAUCUUCUCAAAAGUGGUUAUGAGAAGUUUAGAUGCUGACAUCUGAAACCUAGAUUUCCUUCCUUUCUUUAUGAUAUUUAGAUUAUUUUCAUGUUUAGUGCCACUGAAACAUAGAACUUAAUAAUUUUUACCAAAAAAAAAGCCCUACUAUCUCAUAAGGUUCACUGGAUGGAGUUGUGAUACUGGUGUUUGACCAGUUAUACUUCUGCCCAACUGUGUUAGGAUAUAAAAGUCCCCUGUCCCCGCUUCUAUUCUCUUAACACAUCUUCUCACCCAGAGAUACUUCUCUAACUUAGAUUGCUGGUGGAUUUACUUAGGGUUUUGGUUACUUUUAUAGUAACAAACAUUGUAAUGGCUUCUUUUUUCUUUACCAAGAUAUAUUUACAUAUAUAAGCUGCCUACUCUGCUGAUUAGCACACCGUCUUGGAGACAGGAAGAUGGACCUUGCCAUGCUUGAUUUCUUGACAACAAAGAAAAUACCAGCAUUUCUCAAAAUAAGUGGAUAUUCUGACCUAUCUCUGAAAUGUUAAUGAGUCGGGUUCACGAACAGUGUCUCACAUAUUGUUGGCGUUUGAGUGGAAAUCCUUCACAGUGUUGUAAAUGUUUCAUUCGGGUGGACAUUUUUAAAAAGAUGUAUGUAUCUGAUUUAUCUUUUGGAAAUAUUAUAUUUUUAUUUGUAUUUUUUACAUUUUAAAGUUCAUCUCUAUGUGCAGCUAUUUUUAUAUUGCCAAAAAUUCACAUAAAUACAUAGUAAGAGAGAAAUGGGGGAAAAAAUGGCAAGCAUUACCUUGUGGGGUUUUUUUAAUGUUUCAUGGGCCAGUCUCAUGUACUUGGUUAUUCUAAUAAUGUGUUGUAUCUUUUCACUGUAUAUAUGGUGCAAACCUUAUUGUCUCAGUAGUGUAAAUAUCUAAGAUUGAACUUUCCCGGUUUGAUUUCUUAUUUCAACUGUAAUUUUCCCAACUGUCAUUAUUGACUCACGGGCCUGUGAAGGUUCUGAUUUGCAAUUUGGAGAUAAUUGCUUUGGGUUCAUUUUCUAAUUUGUUUUUAAUUUACUUUUAAAACUUGUUUUCAGGGUUCCUAGUUUGUGAGAAGUUGAUCUUCGGAAUUAU